UCUAUUCAUGUGAUUUCUAAUAUAUUCCAAUGCCGUUGAUAUCAGCAAUUCAGCAGUCAGAAAUCAGUACUUGACGUGUCUAACAAUAUCCCACACGUUUUACGACAAUGAAAACUGUAUUCAAACAGCGAUUGUAGAAAGUGUUUCGAUUUGCCUAACAAAGACAACUUUCAAUUACUAAAAUGUCUGUUGACUUAAGUAUACUUACAUUGAAUUGUUGGGGCAUACCGAUUGUUUCAAAAAAUCGUAAAGCACGCAUGAAAGCAAUUGGAGAGAUAUUAACAAAUGGAAAAUUUGAUGUUGUAUGCUUACAAGAAGUUUGGAGUAAUGCCGAUUAUGAAAUUAUAUCGACUUUAGCAAAGAGUGCUUUACCUUAUGGUCAUUAUUUUCACAGUGGCGUCGUUGGAUCUGGUAUAUGCAUAUUAUCAAAAUAUGUUAUAAAGGAAACAUUUUUCCAUCAAUGGCCCGUUAAUGGUUAUAUUCAUAAAUUACAACAUGGCGAUUGGUUUGGUGGCAAAGGUGUAGCAUUAUGUCGAAUACAAGUAUCAAGUUACAUUGUGAAUGUUUACUCGGCGCAUUUUCAUGCUGAAUAUAAUCGAAUAUUUGAUGAAUAUCGUGCACAUCGAGUUAUGCAAGCAUUUGAUACAGCACAAUUUAUACGAUUAACGUCUGGUAGUGCAAAUGCUGUUAUUUUAGCUGGUGAUUUAAAUACAGAACCGAAUGAUUUAGAAUACAGAUUGUUAUUAGAAAGUAGUAAUUUAAGAGAUUCAUUUACUGUAAAAAAUGUAUGUAAUAUUGAGGAAAAUGGUACAAAUGAAUGUGCCAGAAAUAGUUAUACACCGGCAAAAUUGUGCCGCAGCCGUCCUGAAGGCAAACGUAUUGAUUACAUAUUGUAUAAACCAGGAAGGCAUACUGUAUGUGAUUUGAUCAAAUAUUGUCUACCAUUUCCUGACCGUGUGCCAACAUGCUCAUUCAGUUACUCCGAUCAUGAAGCCGUACAAAUUUUACUGAAAUUAUCACCACCUUCAGGUGAUACCGAUGAAACAGAUUCGAAUUCGCCAUUAAUGAUGACAUUAAAAGAAGGUCUUGAAGUAUGUAAACAAUCAUUACAAAAUUUACAUCGUAGAAAAAUAUUCUUUUACAUAUUUGCAUUAAUAUGCGUAAUAUUAUUAUUAACAAUAGCUAAUAUUAAUGUACCAUAUCAAUUUAAAGUAUUGAUAGUGUUUAUUGAAUUAUUUUUAUCAUUUACAUUAUUCUUUAACAUUUUGAUGGCAACGUUAUGGGAUUCAAUGGAACGAAACGCUACGUACGCGACCAUACAUUCAAUGGAAUUAUUUUUAAAAUAUGUAGCAAAGGUAACCAAUGACGAUGAAGAAAGUCCUUUUCAAUUGUAGAAAAAACAAAAUUGAUUAAAGAGCGGAAAUUAAUUUUAUUUCUUCUUCGAAUAUGAGGGGCUUUAAUUAAAAUGUGAUAUAAAAUUAUUUUAUGGUUAGAAUGAUAAAAUUUUCAUGGGCAUUUUUUGUAAUAAUAAAGAUAGAUAAAAUCGAAUUGACAAUGUACCUUCAUACUUAAAAUUUCAAUUCUUUUCUUCGUAAAUGACCAAAGCAGAAGGGUUGUAAUCGGAUAUAUGCCUUUAUUUGCAGAUAUAUUGAUCUCCAAUAUUAGUUCGUUAAUUUAUUUAUUAUUACAUUAUACUAACAUAUCAUGUUUCUUUUAUCAAAUUAUCACGUUUCGAGUAUUUUAUAUUUUUUAUCAGAAUAUUUGGCGUUAGAUGGACAGUAUUGCUUGAUCAUUUUGUAUCAUUCACCUAGUAAACGCCGAAUACAUGAAAACGUAUAUAACGAAUUAAAUUUUUUAA